AUGGUGGACACUCUUGAAUUGCAGCUACUACCUAAACCGCCAGCUACUUAUCUGAAGGCCAUUAAAGACUUGUGUGCCAGAGUUUGGGCGCGCCUCGAACAGCGCAAUCAGCAGCUCUCACAACACUGCCUCGAUGGCAUGGACACCUUACCAGCUAACCACACAUCGGCUUCCCAACAGCCUCGUGUCCACUACCACUCACCUACACAGCCUCUGGAGGAGAUCCCCUUCCACAUAGCCCACAUCCCAGCAAAUUUCUUCGACAACGCAUUAAGUGUUUGGAGGCAAAACGUAGUGGCUUGCAUAAGGUUGCAUGGAGCUGGUGGAGCGUAG